GGGGUGACGGCUAGCGGUGGCUGCGCCGCAGCCGACUGGUGGGCGCGGGACCUGGGUGGGCACCGGAGCCUGUCAUCCCUGAGGGGUCGGCGAGGUGCGGGCGGCGAUGUGCCGCUGUCCCUCGCCCAAGGGCCGCGCCGGGCUCGCGUUCCCCGCCCCGCGGCCCCGCCCCUUGCCCCACCCCAGCCGGGAGACCUAGCCCGGGCCGCAGCGCAGCGGCCGCAGCAACAUCACUCUCGCCGCCGCUGCUCCGCCCCAUUCCCUUCUGUUUUUCUCUCAUCCUCCGGUGGCGGCGGCUGGGAAGGCGGAGGAGAGACAGCAGCAGCCAGCUGUGGCUUCAAUGAAUGAUCCCCCAGCCGGAGGGGAGGACUCCAGGUGAGCCUCUGCCCUCGGGAGGACCGGGAUUCCCCCGGCCGCCCAGGACCCAUAUCCCCCGCCAUGGAUCCCUAGGGGAAGGGGAAAAGGAGGAGGAAAAGACAGCCCUGCUGCCCACCCCCAUCUCAUUUUCCUCUUCCUUUAUCUCUUUGUUGCCGAAGCUGUUUACCAUAGGGCUCCCUCUCGCCCCAGCAUGGGGCGGGUUCCAGGCACUGCCCUUCGGCAGGAGCUGCUUGCGCGGUUGCCUGGGGAUUCUGCCUAAUUCUACCUCUCCAGCCUGUGCACAGAAAGCCGUGGAGAGGUGUGGAGGCCCGGACUGCAGCAGCCUCGGGGCCAACUCCCUGCAUCCCCACCCCGGGAGGCUGCAUGCGGAUUGAAGAGCGGUGCCUGGGGGCAGGGCCAGCCCGGCUGAUCCCGACCUAGGAGUAGGGCAGGAGGACCGCCCAGGCUGCAGAGCGGCCCAUCUGGAAGGACAGAGCUGCAAGAUGGCCAGUAAGACCAAGGCCAGCGAGGCCCUGAAGGUGGUGGCCCGGUGCCGCCCCCUCAGUAGGAAGGAGGAGGCUGCUGGUCAUGAGCAGAUUCUGACCAUGGACGUGAAACUGGGCCAGGUGACUCUGCGAAACCCCCGCGCGGCACCCGGGGAACUGCCCAAGACCUUCACUUUUGAUGCUGUGUAUGAUGCGAGCUCCAAGCAGGCCGACCUGUAUGAUGAAACCGUGAGGCCCCUGAUAGACUCGGUGCUCCAGGGGUUCAACGGCACCGUAUUCGCCUAUGGCCAGACCGGCACGGGCAAGACCUACACCAUGCAGGGGACCUGGGUGGAGCCAGAGCUCCGCGGGGUUAUCCCCAACGCCUUUGAGCACAUCUUCACCCACAUCUCCCGCUCCCAGAACCAGCAGUACCUGGUUCGGGCCUCCUACUUGGAGAUCUACCAGGAGGAGAUACGAGACCUGCUAUCCAAGGAGCCAGGCAAGAGGCUGGAGCUGAAGGAGAAUCCUGAGACCGGGGUCUACAUCAAGGACCUCUCCUCCUUUGUCACCAAGAACGUCAAGGAGAUCGAGCAUGUGAUGAACCUGGGGAACCAGGCCCGGGCCGUGGGCAGCACCCACAUGAAUGAGGUCAGCUCUCGGUCUCAUGCCAUCUUUGUCAUCACGGUGGAGUGCAGUGAGCGUGGCUCCGACGGCCAGGACCAUAUCCGAGUCGGCAAGCUCAACCUGGUAGACCUGGCUGGCAGUGAGAGGCAGAACAAGGCAGGUCCCAACACAGCUGGAGGGUCAGCUGCACAGCCCACAGCUGGUGGUGGCAGCGGAGGCGGCAGUGGCAGUGGUGGCGGCGGCGGCAGCGGGGAGAGGCCUAAGGAAGCCUCUAAAAUCAAUCUCUCGCUGUCUGCCCUGGGCAAUGUGAUUGCUGCUCUGGCCGGCAACAGGAGCACCCACAUCCCCUACCGGGACUCCAAGCUCACCCGGCUGCUCCAGGACUCACUGGGGGGCAAUGCCAAGACCAUCAUGGUGGCCACGCUGGGGCCAGCUUCUCAUAGCUAUGACGAGAGCCUCUCCACCCUCCGCUUUGCAAACCGAGCCAAGAACAUCAAGAACAAACCCCGGGUGAAUGAGGACCCCAAGGACACGCUGCUGAGGGAAUUCCAGGAAGAGAUCGCCCGCUUGAAGGCCCAGCUGGAGAAGAAGGGGAUGCUGGGUAAGCGACCUCGGAGAAAGAGCAGCCGCAGAAAGAAGGCCGUGUCUGCCCCAGCCGGUUACCCAGAGGGGACCGUGAUUGAGGCCUGGGUGGCCGAAGAGGAAGAUGACAACAACAACAAUCACCGCCCACCGCAGCCGAUCCUGGAGUCCGCUUUGGAGAAGAACAUGGAGAAUUACCUGCAGGAACAGAAGGAGCGGCUGGAGGAGGAGAAGGCCGCCAUCCAGGAUGACCGCAGCCUCGUGAGCGAGGAGAAGCAGAAGCUUCUGGAAGAGAAGGAGAAGAUGCUGGAGGAUCUGCGGCGGGAGCAGCAGGCCACAGAGCUGCUUGCGGCCAAGUAUAAGGCCAUGGAAAGCAAGCUACUCAUUGGGGGGAGAAACAUCAUGGAUCACACCAACGAGCAGCAGAAGAUGCUGGAGCUGAAGCGGCAGGAGAUUGCAGAACAGAAACGCCGCGAGCGGGAGAUGCAGCAGGAGAUGCUGCUGCGAGAUGAAGAGACCAUGGAGCUUCGUGGAACCUACUCGUCCCUGCAGCAGGAGGUGGAAGUCAAAACCAAGAAGCUCAAGAAGCUCUACGCCAAGCUACAGGCGGUGAAGGCUGAGAUCCAAGACCAACAUGAGGAGUAUAUCCGCGUGCGGCAGGACCUGGAGGAGGCUCAGAAUGAGCAGACCCGGGAACUCAAGCUCAAGUACCUCAUCAUCGAGAACUUCAUCCCUCCCGAGGAGAAGAACAAGAUCAUGAACCGGCUCUUCCUGGACUGUGAGGAGGAGCAGUGGAAGUUCCAGCCACUGGUGCCAGCUGGAGUGAAUAACAGUCAAAUGAAGAAGAGGCCAACUUCUGCAGUGGGCUAUAAGAGACCUAUCAGCCAGUAUGCUCGGGUUGCCAUGGCAAUGGGGUCCCAUCCUAGAUACAGGGCUGAAAACAUAAUGUUUUUGGAACUGGAUGUGUCCCCACCGGCUAUCUUUGAGAUGGAAUUUUCUCAUGACCAAGAACAAGAUCCACGGGUACUACACAUGGAGAGGCUCAUGAGGUUGGACAGCUUUCUGGAAAGACCUUCCACGUCCAAAGUGCGAAAGUCGAGAUCCUGGUGCCAGAGUCCUCAGCGGCCUCCUCCACCCUCCACCGCUCAUGCCUCCAUGGCCUCUGCUCCUCUGAACUCUGCAGCAGUGGCAGACCAUGACUGACGACAGCCUUCAGUCAGGCUGCCCUUCAAACAGACUCCUAGGACAGAGCAGCCAACCCUGGUUCAUCCCAUCUGACGUUUGGUGCGUGUGCGUGUGGCGUGUACGCAUGCAUGUGUGUGUGAGUGUGUGUGUGUGUACUGGUGUGUGUGAAGGGGCGAGAACCUGACAGGUGGUGCUGCCUCCGCCUGCUCUCUGCGCCUCCUUUAUUUAAUUCAUGUUAUUUAUUCAUGGAGCUUGGUUAGUGAGGAGAGACCCCCUCGCCUGAGCUGCCUGGGCCUGCCAUGGUCACUGCAUAGCCUCCUUUUCUGCUGGCUGGGGGGAGACCUCAGUCAGGCCCCAAGCUCUGCCUCCUGUCAGCCACCCCAAGAAGGGAAGAUGGCUAGUGCCCGAGAAGACAAUGCUUCCCUUAUCCGUCUAAGUCCACCGUCUCCAUCUUGUCUGAGGGUGAGCAGCCCCUAAGGCUUCCUGGGGCUGGGAAACUGCUGGCAUCCACUGAGGGCAAGAGGUAUCCUAACAGUGUUAGGUCUGCACUCCUGAGGGCCUGCGCCCUGCUCUCCUCUCUCCGGGCCCCAGACUCUUCCAGCCUCCAGCGCUCUUUCCCAAGGACUUUCAGUAGCCUCGCUGCAACUCAUCCGGGGCUCUCCAGCCUUGGCAAGGACUAGUGGCUUCCCCAGCUCCACUUCAUUGCCAGCCCUCUCCACCCUUGGAUUGGGAACUGUGAGCCAAACAGUUGUUGCCACCAUGAGACCUGCAGGAAAUGGAACAGUGUGGAAACAAUAUGGACCGUCGUCAGGGGAAGUCCCUCCUUGGGUCCCCUGGUUUCCUUGUCCUCCAAGAAGUUCCGUUGGUGAACGAGAACAUCAGACCACCUCUCCUCAUGUGAGGUGUGGCUUCUUCCUGCUUUGAUCACUGUUCCCCGAAGCUGUCAGAUCUCAGUCCAUAGUGGAAAGAAUCAGUGUCAUUCUGACCCUUACUAAAUGCAGAUAGCAAAAUCCUUCGCUUUCCACCUCCAGCUAAUACAAGAAACAAACCCAGAAACAAUCUUUGCCAGAUUUACCUGUUAGCCCUAUUUCUUAGUCACAUUUGGGAGGACACUAUUUUGUUGGAAAAUCGAUCCAUUCUUUACCACUUGUGUGAAUCGAUCCUUCCUCCCCUUCCUUUGUGACAGCCCAAAAUGUCUCCAGGUACUGCAAGUAACAAGUAAAUUUCUAUUUUAAAAAGUUAA